AUGGCGGACAAAUCUAGCAACGAGACGCACGAGGAGGUGACCGAUAGCGGUAUCCCAGCUUCAGUAAUCGCCCAAGCCGAAGCAGCAAUAAUAGGAGAGUUCGAAGACGAGCCCAGCCUCUCGAAACGACCCUCAAGAGUUCCCAAGCCGGAUUAUUCUCAAUACCAAGGUGUCUAUCGUUCUGCUGCUGGAGAAAGUUCUUCCAAGACCGGCAACUUGCAAGUGCCGAAUAUAUUGCACUCAGACACUCACGACGAAGCUCCUCCUGCAUAUGGCGACCAACACGAUCAAAUCGAUGUUAGUCAAGAUGGAUUCAAUACGCAGGCACAAAUUACGAAUGAUGGACGAAUCAAUAUCAAUAUCAAUCAGAAGACGAGGAAGUUGUCAGAUUUGCUUGUACCUGCGUUGAGGAAUCAACUAUCGUUGGUAGCACAUGAAGAGGAACACCCUCUGCCACCUGGAUACAUACCACCUGCUCUUGGAGGACUGCCAGGUCAGACGCCGCCCCCAAAACUCAAUGUGGUUAUACAUGUAGUGGGUUCUAGAGGAGAUGUCCAGCCAUUUGUGGCUCUAGGAAAGGUCCUAAAGUCUACAUACGGUCAUCGAGUUCGUCUGGCAACACACCCUACGUUCAAGACUUUUGUUGAAGAGAAUGGAUUGGAAUUCUUCAGCAUAGGAGGUGAUCCCGCCGAAUUAAUGGCAUUUAUGGUCAAGAACCCUGGACUGAUGCCUGGAUUCGACUCUCUGAAGAGCGGCGACGUUGGCAAGAGAAGACGAGGCAUGGAAGAAAUUGUCUUGGGAUGCUGGAGAUCAUGUAUCGAAGCAGGAGAUGGUCUUGGAGCACCUCCUAAGAAGGAUGAUGCGAACACUUCAAUUUUCGAAGCUGGGAUUAAUAUGGAUGCUAAUCCUGGAGACCGACCUUUCAUCGCUGAUGCUAUUAUUGCGAAUCCACCUAGUUUUGCACAUGUUCAUAUUGCUGAGAAGAUGGGCAUUCCUCUGCAUAUGAUGUUUACAAUGCCCUGGUCUCCAACGCAGUCGUUCCCUCAUCCUUUGGCAAACAUUCAAUCUACUAAUGCGGAUGUUAAUAUGACCAAUUUUGUUUCAUAUGCUCUAGUUGAGAUGAUGACCUGGCAAGGUCUUGGGGAUGUAAUAAAUCGGUUCAGAGAACGAGCACUUGGACUUGAACCAAUAAGUUUGAUUUGGGCUCCAGGAAUGCUUAGUCGUCUGAGGAUACCAUACACCUACUGUUGGUCACCUGCACUGAUUCCCAAGCCUAGGGAUUGGGGUCAACAUAUUUCUAUUUCUGGCUUCUAUUUCCUCUCGCUUGCCUCGUCAUAUACUCCUGAUCCAGAGCUUGCUGCUUACUUGGCAGCUGGCCCUCCUCCUGUUUAUAUUGGAUUCGGAUCAAUUGUGGUUGACGAUCCAGAUGCAAUGACAAAGCUUAUCUUUGAAGCUGUCAAGAAAGCAGGUGUCAGGGCUUUAGUAUCGAAAGGCUGGGGAGGCCUUGGUGCUGAUGAUCUGGGCAUUCCGGACGGUGUCUUCAUGCUUGGAAAUGUCCCUCAUGAUUGGCUAUUUCAGCAUGUGUCUUGUGUCGUCCACCAUGGCGGAGCUGGAACAACGGCUGCUGGUAUUGCUACUGGAAAGCCUACGAUAGUGGUACCAUUCUUUGGCGAUCAACCGUUUUGGGGUGCCAUGGUUGCACGAGCAGGAGCAGGCCCACUUCCGAUUCCUUACAAACAACUCACAUCUGAGAAAUUGGCUGCCGCUAUCCUUGAAGCCAUCAAACCCGAGACUUUAGAGAGAGCAAAGGAGUUGGGUGAGAAGAUUAAGGAAGAACAAGGAUGUGAUGUCGGUGGCAAGAGCUUCCAUGACUUGCUUGAUGUGGACUCGUUGAGGUGUUCUCUUGCUCCAAGCAGAGUGGCAGUCUGGCGUAUCAAGCGUACAAAGACUCGACUUAGUGCUUUGGCAGCAAACGUUCUUUCAAGUGAGGGACUGGUUGAUUUCGCUGAUCUCAAGCUUUAUCGAUCAAGAGAAUAUGAUACAGAAGAAGGCCCUUGGGACCCUAUCUCAGGAGGAGCGUCAGCUCUCCUUGGCACAAUCGCAAGUCUGGGAAUGGGAGUAGCAGACUUUCCAAUCGAGAUCUUCAAGAAAGUCCGAACUGUCAGGACGGAGACCAUGAACUCCAAGAGCACAAAGAGCUCAGGGAACACAGUCAAGUCACCCAAUGGCUCUGGUGGAGAAACACCUUCAGUCUCAGAAGCUGCAUCCCGCUCUGCCUCACAAGUCGACCUUGGCCUGAACGACUCAGAACCAAAAAGCUCAAUGGAUUCUCAAUAUGAGGGCACAGCAAAGACAUCUUACGAAAGCACAAAUCGAUCGUCCAGCGACACAUCUCUUACGGAGACUCCCUUGACGAGCACUACAUCGUUUGGAUCUCAAGGAGAACAUCGCACCAAUUCGAUGAGAGCUGCCUUAAGUGGAGCUUUGCAUAGAUCAGGCUCAAGGUCUGGAUCUAGAGAACGAAGCUCGCUUUCUCGUUCUAAUUCGAAGGAUCGAAAGCCAGGAUCCCGAAGCAGUUCUCCGUUUGGCCACCGUCGUAGAGAGACCAAAGAGUUUGAUCCAAGUCAAUUGACGUUGGAAAAUGCGCAACGAAGCGCUAAAGGCAUGGCUCGAAUUGUGGGAGCUGGGCUGAAAUCUCCUAUGGAUUUCACGUUAGGUAUUGCACGUGGAUUUCACAAUGCUCCUAAGCUGUACGGUGAUGAUACUGUUCGACAGCAGGAAAAGGUUACCGAUUUCCAGAGUGGCAUCAAAGCUGCAACGAAGGAGUUCGGAUAUGGUAUGUUUGAUGGCAUCACAGGCUUGGUCACUCAACCUCUUCGUGGUGCAGAGAAAGAAGGUGCUGCGGGUCUCUUGAAGGGUAUCGGCAAGGGUAUCGGAGGGCUAGUUCUCAAACCAGGAGCUGCAAUCUGGGGUAUUCCAGGAUACACCUUCAUGGGUGUUCACAAGGAAAUCCGUAAAAUCUUUGGAUCUAGUGUUUUGAACUACAUGAUAGCAGCUCGAACUGCUCAAGGCUACGAAGAGACCAGAAAUUCGACCCCAGAAGAGCGCCAAGAUAUCAUCAAUCGAUGGCGUAUGCACAAGGACGAGUACAUGAGCUCUAAGAUGAAGAUCGUAGAAUCCGGCGGUCCAGAAGGUCAAGAAAGCGGCCGUCUUACACCCAAAGGAUUCAUGCAAACCCGACAUCUCUCCUUCGAAGAAAGAAAGCGUCUCCACGAAGAAAGAAAAGUCCACAGAGAAGAAGAACGCAAAAGACUCGAAGCAGAAGAAGGUUCCCAUCGCCACUGCCCAUUCUGCCGCCGCACAACAUCACACAGCCACACCCCCCGCCCCGUCCAAACAACACCCAUGGUCCUCCAAAAUCCCCACCCAGACCAAGACGAGCAGUUCGAACACGCGAUUCACGCUUCCGUCGCAGCUACCUCCCGCGGCAACGCAGAAGAAGAUAACACCAUCGAGCGCGCCAUUCGCGCCAGCGUCCGCGAACUAAAACUCGCUCAAGGCUCCACGCUCUCAGACCAAGAAGCGCUCGAGCGAGCCAUCCAAGCUAGUAUCACCGAAGCAGCACGACACCGACAACGAGAAGCAUCAGACGAUUCCCAGAUCUCGCAAUCGAGCGUUGAGACCGUAACUCUCACGCAAGAAGAAGCCGAGCACCAAGCCGCGCUGGAAAAAGCUAUCCAGGCUAGUCUGAAUGCGUACCAACUCCCUACCACUGAUGGGGGCAGUGAAGAGGAAGACGAGAACAUGAAACUAGCGCUGCAAUUAUCGAAAGAAGAUCCCCUCAGCGCGCAGCAUGAGAAGGAAUUAGAACUAGCUAUCCAGAAGAGUAAAGAAGAUCCCUCGGACAAGGAUCUCGAACUAGCGAUCCAGAAGAGUAAAGAGGAGAAGAGCGAGGAGGAGGUUGUGUUGGCGUAUGUCAAGAAGCAGAGUUUAUUGGAGGAGGAGCAUAGAGCGAAGGUUGAGGGGAAGAAGAGGGAGGAGGUUAGCGGAGGGGAGCAAAUGAGUCCAGCGGAUGAGGAGGCGUUGAGGAGGGCGAUUGAGGAGAGUAUGAAGGGUUCUGAGGGGGCGGGAUCUGCUGCUGCUGGUUAGGGGAUGUAGCGUUGAAUUUCGUUGUUUAUGUCUGUAUGUAUGUACGCGUGGCUUUGAGAUCAAGAUAUACCCGGGUGCGAAGAGAUAGAGUAUACGAUGGAAUUGAAUACUUGUCUGAUUGUCUGACUUGUUGCGGGACAUUGACAUUGGUAUUGUCCGGUUACUCGUCUCUUCAUCUUUCGUCUUCUUUUAGCUCCGAGAUUCACCUUCAACCAUUCUUGCAACUCAACACCAACAUCAAACGACAAGAUAGCUAGCCUUGCGUCUGUCUCUGGCUUUCUCCACUUCAACUCAGCCCUCUUCUCGUCCGCCUCUUCAUAACAUCACCUUUCAACCACAACUUUUUUCGUUCUUUCUCUCUCUUGCUCCCACUUUCGCGAUUGCCAUUGCCAUCUCGCACCUCUGCUCAUCGCCGUGCGGUGAAUCUAGAGACGCGAUCUUGACAAGGCUUUU